AAUACCAGCAUAAAACCCUGCCUGCUGUAUUAGGAAGUAAAAUUUUGUUUGUGGAUCCGGCGUAUAUCAAAUAUUUUACAGUUGUGAUGGUGCGCUUGGAAUAUUUUUCUAUAGUGUUUUUUAUAUUAAAAUAGAGAUUAGUUUUUAUCAAUUAAGGGUAACCACUGCCCACGGAAAACAUAAACUGAUACGAAAAAUGAAUCACAUAAAUUCGAAAAAUUCUCCAUACAGUUUAUGCCGGAAGCGGUUCUUUUUGUUUUCAGUUUUAAAAAUACUCAUUUCCAUUGUUUUAUUUAUGAAUGAACACAUAAAAGGAGUACAAUCUCAAGAACUGAUAGCCGUUGAGAUUGGCCACAAUUUUACGAUAAUCUGCAACACAACUCUACAAUUUGUAAGCAAUGUAACAUGGAAGCACAACGAAGAAGUUAUUGCGAAUAAUAAUAAAAGAAUAACCACAUCUUAUAGCAAACCGUCUGCCAUUGAUAGCAUCAAUGAAAUCGAAGAAGAAACGAAAAGGAAUUACGAAAGUACAUUAUUGGUAACUGAUGCACAAUUUGCAGAUGCGGGCAUAUAUACAUGCGAACUAAUACGAAAUGAGAGCGUGUCUAGUUUUAGCGUGCAAGUGUGGCAAAAACCGCUGAUUGUUGCAAGCAGUGACGAAAAGGUCAAACAGAAAAGCGGUCAUGCUGUGGAACUAUAUUGUCUGAUAGAAGUGUUUCCACACAACGAUACAUUUUACAAGCAAUUAAAAUGGCUGAAAGAUGAAAACUCAGCUGUUGACUUUUUAGACAAAGCCUCGAAUCUAAGUUUUGUGAAUGCCACACAUAUUAAUCACACGCUUAGUUUAACUGAAGUUUACAAGAAGGAAAAUGGUACAUACAGCUGUGCAGUAUACGAUAUGUUUGGUGCAAUUGUCACUAAAAAGGAUAUGGCAGUGUUAGUUAUGGAGAAACCACAAGUGAGCAUAGACUAUGUGAUGGUUGUGGGUGCGGAUAAGAUAUACUUAAAUUGGACUGUGAAUGAUGGUAACGAUCCAGUGCAAAACUACUUCAUACAAUAUAAAGAGGAAGGUUCAUCCGAACUUAAAUAUUAUAAUCAUCAAAUCGGUGGACGUAAUAAUUCCUAUGUUUUGGAAAAAUUUCAACCAAAUACCAGCUAUAAUUUACGCAUCAGUGCUAAAAACAGUAUUGGCAGCGGUCAACCAUAUCAAUAUCCGUUACCCGUGCGAACAUUGGAAAGAGAUCCCAUUUUUAUACCAAAAGUAGGCACAACCGGUAGUACACCGUCAACAAUUACCAUCGGUUGGGAUCCACCACCGCCUGAAAUAUUGCCGUACAUACAAUAUUAUGAGUUGGUUGUUGUCGAAGCUGGUGAAACGCCACGUAUUGUUGAAAAUACCCUAUAUUCACAAAAUUCUCGAAAUCUGCCAUAUAUGUUUGAUAAUCUCAAAACAGCAACUGAAUAUGAAUUUAAGGUACGUGCCUGCAGUAAUAUCACCAAACAAUGCGGUCCCUGGUCGGAAGUUGUAAAUGGCACAACAAUGGAUGGUGUUGCCAGUGAACCCACAGACCUCUAUAUUACUUGCGAACACAGAAAUAAUACACGUCACUCGGUUGGGGUACGUUGGAAUGUGCCAAAAGUGCCGAAUGGCAAAGUGGUCUCAUAUCACAUACAGUUGGAUGGCCUAGCUACAUAUAAGUUGGAUGGAAAAUUGCGUAACGAAACAUGGGGUCCAAAGAUAAGACGUGUAGAUGAUCCGCACCACAGCACAAUCUACAAUGGCGUAAAUCCAAAUACAAAUUACACAGUCACAGUAUCGGCCAUUACACGCCAUCGCAAAAUUGGAGUGCCGGCCAGCGCUCAAUGUAUCAUGCCUAUCGCUGUGCCUGAUGCGAUCAGUCGUAUUAUGUGGACAAAGGUGAAGACGAACGAUGAGAAAUGUGUUUUUAAAUUGUUUGUGCCACGUAUUAGCGAACGCAACGGACCGAUUUGUUGCUAUCGCUUGUAUCUAGUACGUAUGGGCAAUAAUAAAAAUGAAUUGCCCACACCCGAGAAGCUCAACAUAUCCACCUAUCAGGAGGUGCAUGCGCUAAAUAAUACUGAAGGUGGUGCAUACUUGGCUGAAAUGUUUUCGGAUGACUAUUUUCGUUCCGAAAUAUUUUUGGGUGACGGUAAACGAUUUUUUGAACAUCAGGGCAUAAGUGCCGCCGAAGCAGAUAAAGCUUGUCGCCAUUGUUUGAGGGGACGUCCAUUUUUGCGUAUUCAACCACAUGAACCAGCACCGAAAACUGAAUUGCCACUUGUAGAGCACACGGAUCCUGUAUUGAAAACUACACCGGAACUAUCACAACGCGAACAAUUGAAAGCCACCAAUCUCACCGAAGCUGCUUCAAAAAUUUUAGAUAAAAAACGACGUCGCAGACGUAGGCGUCAUCCGAAAGUUCUUGCUGGCGUCAACAGUGAUAUUUCGUUUGAUAAUUUAAUGAUUAGUGAAAAUGAAUCGCGUACAAAUGCAGUGCAGAGCUACCAGCUGUCGUCAAAUGAUAUAAUCGAUGGCGAGAUUGACAUGAAUAGCAACUACACAGGCUUUCUAGAAGUUAUAGUACGCGAUGAUGAUAUUGUACUUACUGAAUACAGCAAUUACUUCGAAAUAAUGACACCUGGUACUGUACCCGAAAACUUUCAAUCGGAUCAAAACUUUUCAAUGGUGUUAAAUAUUUUUAUACAAGCGCUUGCCCUACUCAUCGGUAUAGUGUUGCUGCUUAUUGGCGCCACUUGCUAUUUGCAUCACAAUACAAAAAACACGGUACCUGGCGAGGAAAUCAGCUUACGAGACUCACUAAGUCGCGCGUUAUUUCGUGGACGCACACCGAAUCAUAGACACUUUAUUGGUUCUGGUAAUGGUAAAGCAUCAGAUAUUGGUCCAAUACACAAGGUAGACUUGUGCACAGCCUAUCGAAAUCGUCACAAAGACACCGAUUAUGGGUUUUUGCGUGAAUAUGAAAUGUUACCAAAUCGAUUUAGUGAUCGCACAACAAAAAAUUCCGAUAUAAAAGAAAAUGCAUCGAAAAAUCGUUAUCCAGAUAUUAAGGCCUACGACCAGACGCGCGUUAAAUUAUCACAAAUAAAUGGCAUACAGGGUUCGGAUUAUAUAAAUGCUAACUUUGUUAUUGGUUAUAGGGAACGUAAGAAGUUCAUUUGUGCACAGGGACCAAUGGAAAGUACGGUAAACGAUUUUUGGCGUAUGAUUUGGGAGCAACAUUUGGAGAUUAUAGUCAUGUUGACCAAUUUAGAGGAGUACAAUAAGUCGAAAUGUGCAAAAUAUUGGCCUGAAAAGAUAUCGGAUGCCAAGCAAUUUGGCGAAAUUACAGUAAAAUUUGUGGCUGAACGAAAAAUGGGUGACUACUUAGUGAGAAAUUUAGAUGUUACCAGACGUAAUGCUGCUGGUAACGAUGACGAUGAGGAACGUCGCCAAAUCACACAGUAUCACUAUUUGGUUUGGAAGGAUUUCAUGGCACCGGAACAUCCACAUGGUAUAAUUAAAUUUGUGCGCCAAAUCAACGCUGUUUACUCCGUACAACGAGGCCCUAUUUUGGUACAUUGCAGCGCAGGUGUCGGUCGUACCGGCACACUCGUGGCAUUAGAUUCGCUGAUACAACAGCUAGAAGAGGAAGAUCAAGUAUCGAUAUUUAAUACAGUUUGCGAUUUGCGACAUCAAAGAAACUUCCUCGUGCAAUCACUGAAACAAUACAUAUUUCUAUACCGUUCGCUACUUGAUAUUGCGCAAUUUGGCAAUACAGAGCUUUCGGCUAUUUCGCUAUCCAGUCAAAUUGAUAGUCUAAAACAGAAGUUAAACGAUGGAAAGGAUAAAAGCAGAUUAGAAAUUGAAUUCGAGAAACUUCUUGCCAUAACUGAUGAAACUGCAAAAUCCUCGGAAGUAGGAAGCAAUAAGGAGAAUAUGCCGAAAAAUCGUAGCGAAGCGGUCAUACCUUAUGAUCGUAAUAGAGUUAUACUAACGCCAAUACCAAUGAAAGAAAACUCUACCUACAUAAAUGCUUCAUUCGUUGAGGGUUACGAUAAUUCGGAAGCAUUUAUAAUCACGCAAGAUCCUUUGGAAAACACAAUUGGUGAUUUUUGGCGCAUGAUUUCAGAACAAAGUAUAACUACGCUCGUCAUGAUUUCCGAGAUUGGUGAUAGUCCCAGAAAAUGUCCACGUUACUGGGCAGAUGAUGAAAUCCAAUACGAUCAUAUACUUGUAAAAUAUAUGCAAAGCGAAAGUUGUCCAUAUUACACGCGCCGAGAAUUUAACGUAACGAAUUGUAAAAUUGAUGACACAAUAAAAGUCACACAAUUCCAGUACAAUGGUUGGCCGACCGUUGAUGGCGAAGUACCAGAAGUAUGCCGUGGUAUUAUUGAACUCGUCGACCAGGCGUUAAAUCAUCACAACAGGGAUAAAAGUAUGGAUUGUAAAUCGCCAUUGACUGUACAUUGCAGUCUGGGCACCGAUAGGAGCUCAAUAUUUGUGACUAUGUGCAUAUUAGUGCAGCAGUUGAGAACCGAAAAAGGCAUUGAUAUUUGUUCAACGGCCAGAAAAAUAAGAUCUCAGCGGCCAAGGCUAUUAAAUUCAUUUGCACAGUACGAGUUCCUACAUCGCGCCAUAGCCAACUACGCUGACUUGCACAAACUGUCGACAGACACCGCGUCUUCUGAGUGUUAAUAAAUUAAGAUUAAUUAAAAAAUUAUUUUAUUAGUUUGGAUCACACACUUACACAUACUGAUUAGUCAUAAACAUUUAAAUUAAUAUAAAUAUAUAUAUAUACAUAUAUACAUUUGUAUAUUUAAGCACAAAAAGUAUUUGUAAUACAUAAUAAUCAUAUUCAUUUAUUUUGUAAAACUUCGCGAUCCCAACCACAAAACAAAAGUAACUCUAUUAAUGUUUAAAAAGUGACUUAUGUAUAAGUUUUUUCUACCUUAGUUUAUUUAGCAGACUACCAAAGUACAGCCCGUAAAUAAAAAAAAAUAUUUUAGAUAAAACC